AUGUUCUCCGCUCGAAACGCUGGCCUUAUGGCCUGCGCAUGUUCCACUGGAGCGCUGUUUGUCUGCCUAUUCUACGUUCCAGCAUUGGUGAUGAAAAUUCAAAAUAUCAAUGAUCAGCUGCGUAUCGAUUCGGACGAGUUUCGCGUCAUGGCCGAUAUGACAUGGACAGAACUCUCAAAAGCUCGCGUUGGUGGGGUGGACAGAAUUCGUAGACAGGCCUAUGAUGGUGGUUCACCGAAAAAGACAUACGCUCUGCAUAACUCGUACAUGAAGACCCAAGACGCCUUCGUCGAAGCAAAUCCAACCUGCAAUUGCCAAGCUAACAAUCAGUGCCCAGCGGGACCUCCGGGACCACCUGGAAAGCCUGGCCAGGAUGGAGAACCUGGAACACCGGGUAAACCAGGAGCACCAGGGCUGGCUGGAAUUGCUCCACCAGUUACCAU